AUGCUUUUCGCCAAUCCAUUAAAGUGGACUUUUAGUAAAAUAAAAUCAAACAUUAUUGGAAAAGAAGACACACAAGAUGCAGUUUUUAUUUAUAUAUCUGUCUUAGAAUUUUUAGGUAAAAAUCUUUUAAAAGAAGCUCAAUCUUCACAAGGAAAAUUAAUAAAAUUUGAGAAAUUAGGAGAAUUAUCAAAAAUUGAAAAUAAUGAUGAUUUGUUAAUUAUAUUAACUUGGUUACAAAAACAAAAACUAGCUGCUGUUUGUACUCAAAAAAAUCAGUCUUUAGUAAAAUUAUCGAAAAAUGAAAAAAAAUCAGUGGAAAUAUCAGAUAUUGACAUAGGGAUUUAUAAUUUAGAAAAUCAACAGGAAGUACUAAAAAAUUACAUUAGUAAAUUGGAAAAUGAACGAAAUGCUGCUCUGGAAAAAACAAAAAGUUAUCUUUCAUCGAAAAUGAAAAAUAUGGCAAUAAUUUCUCUUAGAAGAAAAAAAGAAAUUGAAAAAUCAAUUGAAAAAAAAAUGAUAACUUUAGAAAAUGUCGAAACAUUACUUAAUAAAAUUGAUCAAGCGAAAAUAGACAGUGAAGUAAUUGAAUGCUAUCAAUCUGGUAUUGUGGCAUUGAAACAAGUUUUUAAAGAAACUGGAUUGAAUGAAGAAACAGUUUUAAGCACAAUGGAAGAAUUAGAAGAUGAAUUGAAUAAAAUUAAUGAGGUGGAAGAAGCAUUAUCGAAACCAUUAGAUAAAAAUGAUGAACAAAACUUGGAAGAUGAGCUAAAUGAAAUUUUAUUAGAAAAAGCACCUCCUGUGCCUAAAAAUAUUGAAAUUCCUGAGGAAAAUAAAAAAAUUGAUAAGGAUAUCAGUGGUAUAAAGAAAAAAAUGGAGGCUCUCAGUAUUUGA